AAUACGAAAAUCUACAAAUCUAUCUAUAUACACAUUCAUACCUAAUCAUUUCAUUUAUCUGAUAAGAUUUCUUUACUGUUUUUUCAUCUUAAAUAAUUAUUCAACUUUAUUUAAGUUCACAGCAUCUUUAGUAUCAGAAAAGUAUAAACUGUCGGUCUUAACGGGUCGCGAUAUAUGUGCAACAAAAAUAUACGAAUACGGUUUUAAUAUAAAUAAAAUAAACAAAAUUUUAAAUAUAAACUAGAAAUUUAUAUUUAGUCCUUGAUAAAAUUUAGAAUUAAGGCGAUUAACAAAAAUGGCUACAAGUAUAGCAAGUACCGUAGCUACGACAGCGGAAAUUAUACCAAAAAGUUUUACCUUUGGUACCAUCGAUUAUAUUGUAUUCGUAUUGAUGUUGUGUGUAUCGGCCGGUAUUGGUGUUUAUUUUGGUUUCUUUUCGAAAUCAUCAAAUACUACUGAUGAAUAUUUAAUGGGCAGUAAGAAAAUGAAAACUAUACCCAUUGCAAUAUCCUUAAUAGCAAGUCAACUUUCCGGUAUUGCAAUUAUGUCAGUACCAGCCGAGAGUUACUCAUUUGGUUUUACAUAUAUCUUUCUGGUUUUGUCCAUAGUCCCAGUAGUUCCAAUAUUGAAUUAUAUUAUUGUACCAGUCUUCUACAACAAUAACAUAUCAAAUUGUUAUGAGUACUUACAAUUGCGUUUCAAUAAACGUACGCGACAAAUAGUGACUGGUUCCUUUGUUUUGAAUGCCUGCCUCAUGUUACCCGUCUAUAUAUUUGUACCGGCUUUGGCAUUUUCUCAAGAUAAAAUGCAAAAUAAAUUUCUUAAUUAAACUUGAUUUUUAAUUAAAAUUCAUUUCCAUUCCACAGUGACGGGCAUGAAUAUCCAUUUAAUUAAAACGGUAGUAUGUUCGAUUUGUAUGUUCUAUACGAUGUUGGGUGGUAUUAAAGCUGUUGUUUGGACUGAUGUAGUGCAAGCUGGCAUUAUGCUUUCUUCGGUGAUAUUGGUGGCUGUUUUAGGUACUCUUAAAGUGGGUGGUCUUAACAAGGUUCUGGAAUAUGCUGAUGAGGGUGGACGUUUGGAUUUUUUUUUCUCCAUGGAUCCUCGUGUACGUUCGACAUUUUGGAAUCUGUUUAGUGGUGGCAUAUUUUUAUGGGUCGGUCAUAUUGGUUUAAAUCAAAGUUGUGUACAAAGAAUAGUCUCUUUACCUUCAUUGCAUCAAGCUAGAAAAUCCUUAAUUAUAGUUGGUAUUGGUGUUUUCAUUAUAAUGAGUUUUAACUGUUUCAUUGGACUGAUUAUGUUUGCCCGUUACUUUGGAUGUGAUCCCAUAUUAGCGGGUAUUGUUGAAAAGGCAGACAAAAUGAUGCCUUUCAUUGUGCAAGAUGUUAUGGGCCACUUGUUGGGCAUGCCGGGUAUUUUCAUUUCUUGUGUUUUCAGUGCUGCCUUAAGUACCAUGUCAGCCAUGUUGAAUUCUUUAGCUGGAGUAGUAUAUUUCGAUUACAUCAAGCCCUUUAUUAGGCAUACAGAUGCUCGGGCAAAUAAUAUCAUGAAAAUAUUUGUAGUGGCCAUGGGUUGCUAUUGUAUAUUGGGCGGAUUUGUGGUACAAAGAUUUAGUUCGAUUUUACAAAGUAUUAUUACUAUAACGGGCAUUAAUACAGGAGCUGUUGUAGGAGUAUUUCUGUUGGGCAUGUUUGUGCCCCGUGUUAAUGGCAAGGUGGCCUUUCUUUCGAUAGCUUUUAGUGUUGGUGUCAUGUUAUGGAUCAUUAUCCAUGCCCAGAUGCGUUUUAAGGCUGGUUAUAUAAAAUACGAAGCCUUGCCCACCUCUUUGGAGCGCUGUGAAGCUCUCAAUUUGCAUGAAAUGCUUCACAACAUUAGUACCAGCGCUCCCAUUUCUCUUACCACUACCGAAAUGCCCCUAGUCACCGGUACUUUAAGUAGUAAUCGUGAAUUUUCUAUUUACGAAAUAUCCUUCUAUUGGUAUAAUAUAAUGGGUGUCUUUCUCGUAUGGCUUUCGGCUAUACCCAUGAGUUUUAUUUGGAAACGUGAUCAUGAGGAGAAAAUUAUUCCUAAAUUGUAUUCCCCCUUAGUGCAAAUUUUUCUAAAUCAAUCUGUUGCUCAAAUGGAAGAAUUACCUUUAAAAACACCUCACCCUUCUUUAGCGGAGAAUAAUGCUACAAUUUCAAUUUCUGAUAAGGAAAAUAGAAGUGAUCUUAAAUUGACCAACUUAAGUGUUAAAAUGGCUACAUGUAUUGAAAGUACCGUAGCUACGGCAGCGGAAAUUAUACCAAAAAGUUUUACCUUUGGUACCAUCGAUUAUAUUGUGUUCGUUAUAAUGUUGUGUAUAUCGGCCGGUAUUGGUGUUUAUUUUGGUUUCUUUUCGAAAUCGAAAAAUACUACAGAUGAAUAUUUAAUGGGCAGUAAACAAAUGAAAACUGUACCCAUUGCUAUAUCGUUAAUAGCUAGUCAGCUAUCGGGUAUUGCUAUUAUGUCAGUUCCAGCUGAGAAUUACUCAUUUGGUUUUUCAUAUUUCUUUCUUGUGGUAUCCGUAAUCCUAGUAGUUCCAGUUUUGAAUUAUAUUAUUGUACCAGUAUUCUACAACAACAACAUUUCAAAUUGUUAUGAGUAUUUGGAAUUGCGUUUCAAUAAGCGUACCCGACAAUUAGUCACUGGUUCCUUUGUUUUGAAUGCCUGCCUCAUGUUACCGGUCUAUAUAUUUGUACCUGCAUUGGCAUUUUCUCAAGUGACGGGCAUAAAUAUACACUUAAUUAAUACAGUUGUAUGUUCGAUUUGUAUAUUUUACACUAUGUUGGGUGGUAUUAAAGCUGUUGUUUGGACUGAUGUGGUGCAAGCUGGCAUUAUGCUUUCUUCGGUGGUGUUAGUGGGUGUUUUGGGUACUCUUAAAGUGGGCGGCCUAAAUAAGGUUCUAGAAUAUGCUGGUGAGGGUGGACGUCUAGAUUUCAAUUUUUCAAUGGAUCCUCGUAUACGUUCAACAUUUUGGAAUCUGUUUAGUGGUGGCAUAUUAUUGUGGGUCGGUCAUAUUGGUUUAAAUCAAAGUUGUGUUCAAAGAAUUGUCUCUUUACCAUCACUGCAACAAGCUAGAAAAGCCCUUAUAAUAGUUGGCAUUGGAGUAUUCAUUAUAAUGAGUUUCAAUUCUUUCAUUGGACUGGUUAUGUUUGCUCGAUACUAUGGAUGUGAUCCUAUUUUAGGAGGUAUUGUUGAAAAGGCGGACAAAAUGAUGCCUUUCUUUGUGCAAGAUGUUAUGGGUCACUUGUUGGGCAUGCCGGGUAUUUUCAUUUCUUGUGUUUUUAGUGCUGCCUUAAGUACCAUGUCGGCCAUGUUGAAUUCAGUAGCCGGAGUGGUUUAUUUUGAUUACAUCAAGCCCUUCAUUAAGCAUACAGAUGCUCGGGCAAAUAAUAUUAUGAAAAUAUUUGUUGUUGCCAUGGGUUGCUAUUGUAUAUUGGGCGGUUUUAUGGUGCAAAGAUUUACCUCAAUAUUACAAACUAUUAUUACGAUAACGGGUAUUAAUACAGGAGCUGUAGUGGGUGUAUUUCUAUUGGGCAUGUUUGUGCCCAGAGUUAGUGGCAAAGUGGCUUUUCUCUCGAUAGCUUUUAGUGUUGGUGUCAUGUUAUGGAUCAUUAUCAACUCACAAAUGAGCUUUAAGGCUGGUUAUAUAAAAUACGAACCCUUGCCCACCUCGUUGGAACGUUGUGAAAAUAUCAAUAUGCAAGGAAUGCUGCAAAACAGUUCUAGUUCUUCUAUGCCACUGGUCACUAACGAGGAGCCUCUUGUCACCGGUACUUUAGGCAGUAAUCGUGAUUUUUCUAUUUACGAAGUUUCUUUCUAUUGGUACAAAUUAAUGGGUGUCCUUCUUGUAUGGCUUUCGGCCAUACCGAUGAGUUAUAUUUGGAAACGUGAUAAGGAGGAGAAAAUGAAUCCCAAAUUAUAUUCCCCCUUCGUUAAGAGUUUUCUAAGUCAACCUGUUGUCCAAAAGGAAGAAGUUCCUUUAAAGACCCCACCACCUUCUUUAGUGGAGGAUCAUGCUACAAUUUCAAUAUCUGAAAAAGAUAAUGCAAAUGAUAUCAAAUGUUAAACUUUUAAUUAAUAUGUAAUUAAUUGUUAUGAGUAUUAUUAGUUUACUAUUUAAUUUAAAAUAAAUUAAUUUAAGGUUUUUUAAAAUAGUUAUUUAAUAAUAAAAUGAUGCCUAUUUCAUCA